AUGGAUACAUCAAGUUAUACAGGUUUACCAAAUAAAUUAUGUCAAGGUUUAACAUCGGUCAAAUCAACAUUAACAACAGGUCAUAUACUUGAAAAAUCAGAAACAACAUAUGUUGAUAAUCGUGAUAAAUUUCAUCAUCAUAUGGCACGUAGUGUCUUAGGUAUUCAAGCACCAUUAAAACUUCAAACAGAAUUACAAAUAGCCAAUAAAAUUGGUCGUUUACCAUGUUUACCUAGUUCACGUUUAAUGCUUGAUGUUUUACGUGGUACAAAUGAAGAUAUAUCAUUUGAUGAUAUUCUAAAUAAUCCAAGAGAAUUUGGUGAACUUCAAAUUGAUCCACAUUUAGCUAUGGAUAAACAUGAUCAUUUGUUUUAA